AUGUUGCAUCUCCGCAGAGGAGUGCAGUGUUCACGAUUAAUUCGUUCUAGUUUUUUGUUGCCGAAAAUGGAUGUUCUGUCCCAUCGAAACGAGAACGUCAAUGCAGGAGAUGCUGCGAUCGAAUCAAAGAAGCCUAGGAUGGAUGAACAGCUGCUCACCAUUCGUUUCGUGAAACUGAAUCCCGAGGCACAGGCUCCAGUUUAUGGUUCUGAUGCUGCCGCUGGUGCAGAUCUUUGCAGUGCUGAAGACUGCGUUGUUCCGGCACAUGGUAAACAGUGUGUGUCCACUGGCCUGCAAGUGGAACUACCAUUUGGGUAUUAUGGACGGGUUGCUCCUCGUUCCGGUCUAGCAGCCAAGAAUUUCAUCGAUGUCGGUGCAGGUGUAGUGGACAGCGACUACCGUGGUGAACUGAAAGUUUUGCUGUUCAAUUUUGGACCAUCUGACUUUGAGGUCAAAAAAGGCGACAGAAUAGCUCAGAUCGUCUGCGAACGUAUUGCGCACUGCAAAUACGAGGAAUGUACCACAUUAACUGACACCGUUCGUGGAGAAGGUGGAUUCGGAUCGACUGGGAAGUAA